ACAAGAACUGAAGAACAGAUACUGAAGAACAGAUUCAUAAUGGCUCUGUUAAAAUCUGCAAAGGAUUUCAACAACCAUGUGCCGAACCAGAGGUUCCAGCCGCUCCAGAAGUCCCAGCUGAGGUUCCAGCCGCUCCAGAAGUCCCAGCUGAGGUUCCAGCCGCGCCAGAAGAGCAUUAGCCUCCUCUCUUCUGGCGCGGCUGGAACCUCAGCUGGGACUUUUGGAGCCGCUGGAAACUCUGGUUCGGCUAGAACCUCAGCUGGAGCGAUUGGAAGAGCUGCAGGAAGACAGGCGGGACAGGAGGAUCAAGAUCUGCCAUGGCUAAGUCCCUGAGUUUGCCAUAAAUUCCCUCCACCACAUGUUCGUUGAAAUCCUUUGCAGAUUUUAACAGAGCCAUUAUGAAUCUUG